AUGCAUUCCCUGUGCACCCUAUUUUUUCCGAAAAAUCAGGUCUAUGCCGAGAAAUUCGAUUUAAUGACUCCAUUCCAAGCUGAAGAUGACGAUGGACUUGGAGAGGUUGAUGGUAUGAGUGCGUUGCACAUUGCAGUUCAGCAAACACGAUCAAUCGGUAUCAACUCCAGCCCUACAAAGAUUGAUUCUCAUGCGGCGAUAAAUGGUUCACAUAAUAAUUUGGCCCUCGUCGAGUUCAUCAUUCAAAAUUCCCCCAGUGUGUCUGUGCAGCGUACCAAUAAUCUGGGCGAAACUGCUCUACACCACAGUGUUCGGCAUGGUUGUAUGGAUGCAUUACGGUUACUCCUACAAGCUGGAGGCUUGCCCACUCCGAUGCUUAUAAUGACCAAUAAAGCUGGCCAAACAGCCCUAAAACUCGCCGAGGAUUUGGCCGCAAACUCUACGGUGGAUAAGGAAGUAUAUAAAGGCUGUGCGGAAUUGUUGCGUCUUGCCGAGAGCAUCUUGUCCGUUAAAUCCGGGGUUGAGACUUCCGGCUCGGUCUGUUCGCUUUUUCCUAACUCAGAAGCCAACGAGCGUGUUCUGGCAGCCCGGAGUGCUCUGAUGGAGGCGGUCGAUCAGCUUCAUUCAGUCGAUUGGGGUCUGAUUGACCAACCUAGCUCUAAAUCACGCUUUGCCGGCGCAUGUCGCCGCACGGCUAGUGUGGCGGCUUCGGAUUUGGGGGUCACCUUCGCCCUGGGCGGAUUGGGUCGAUCCCACGACUCAUCCACCGAAUCACCCAAAUUCUCACCCUAUUCAAAACAACACACAGUGACAGGAGACGGUGAUGGACCGGUUAGUGUUGUGGACAAAAGUGGUCGAUGUCUCGGUCGGUUACAAAACUAUGUUUCUCAGUAUGGACAUGCGCUAGCCACAUUGCCUCGCAAAAAAGGUCCUGCCCCGCGACCGCCUCCGACAGAAUCUUCUGGUGGCGGUGGCGGUCCUUUGGAAUUCGAAGUUCAUUAUGAUAACUCCCCACGUGCUCGUCAUAGAACUCGGUUCGCCAAAUUUGGCAAUGCUUCAGCGUCUACAAUCAGCAACACAAAAUCUCCGGAAGAGCGACCAUUCGGUCGUAAGAUGCCAUCGCAUAGUUUGAGUGCAACAGACUCUCCAGCGUCUGUCAGUCAAAAUCCUCUACGUCGGACCACUGCUUCCGUUGUCGAAUCCGAAUUGUCAACUUCAGAGACCCCACCCGAAUUAUCGCGUUUAGCCGAACUGAUGCACAUGAGUCUGUGUGGUGAAGUCGAUCGAGAUUUCAGUUUCGACUCAUCCGGUUCGAAACACGCAUCGCCUGCUCACUCGAACCGAUCCGUGACGAAAAAACCAUCGUCUGGCACAAACAGCAGUCCUUCAAAAUCAUCAGGUGGAGACUCAAACGGAUCGAACGCUCCGCCUCCGGUUCCUCCUAAACCACAGGUUUCCAGUUCCCUGCUUUAUUCCACUUUGCCCUCAAGAACCUCUGCGCGAAAAGAUUUUCGAUUAUCCACUCAGCGUGAUCCAGAUAACAUCGAUUCGGAAUCCAAACAUGCACUCCGUUCAGCUCUACCAACCACACCUCGUUUACCAAAGCCCUCUAUAUUUCCGGACGUAUCUCGAAGCAGACUAGGCGAUUUGCUCGAGGCUAUUUACGACUGUGAAGCGGAAAGAUCGGACGAGUUGACUUUUCGGCAGGGUGAGCUGAUUCAGCUGGCUGCACGUCCAGAUGAUGAUUGGUCUACUCGAUUACUUCACAUUUUCGAUGCGUUGGUACAAGUGACUGUCGCUUAG